CGCAAACUUAAAAUGGCUGACCACAUGGAUACAAAGUCCUCUGUUGAGGAGAACGCAAAUAACUGUGCAAAUGGUCCAGACCCUGAUGUGCCCGUGGAAGAGAUGACCUCUAAAGACUAUUACUUUGACUCCUAUGCUCAUUUCGGCAUACACGAGGAAAUGUUGAAAGAUGAAGUGAGAACGUUGACGUACAGGAAUUCCAUGUUUCACAACAAACACUUGUUUCGUGGGAAAGUUGUCCUGGAUGUUGGCUGUGGUACUGGUAUUCUCUCUAUGUUUGCUGCAAAAGCUGGGGCUUCUAAAGUCAUUGGGAUUGAAUGUUCCAGUAUCAUUGAUUAUGCAGAGAAAAUAGUGCAGGCAAAUCAUUUGGACCAUGUUGUGUCAUUAGUCAAAGGUAAAGUGGAAGAAGUGCAGCUUCCAGAAGGCAUAGAAAAGGUUGACAUCAUCAUCAGUGAAUGGAUGGGCUAUUGUCUGUUCUAUGAAUCCAUGCUCAAGACAGUGCUAUAUGCCAGAGACAAGUGGCUGAAACCUGGUGGAUUGAUUUUCCCAGACAGAGCCACGCUGUAUAUAUGUGCCAUAGAAGACAGACAGUACAAAGAUGACAAAAUCAACUGGUGGGAUAAUGUUUACGGGUUUGAUAUGAGUGCUGUAAGAAAAAUAGCCAUCACAGAACCCCUGGUGGAUGUCGUUGAUCCCAAACAAGUCAUCACAAAUUCUUGCCUCGUCAAGGAAGUAGAUAUUUACACAGUGAAGGAGGAAGAUGUCAGUUUUACGGCGCCCUUCCAUUUGCAAUGCAGACGCAAUGACUAUAUCCACGCUUUAGUGUGUUUCUUCAAUAUAGAGUUCACAAAAUGUCACAAGCGCACUGGAUUCUCUACAGCCCCAGAGGCACCUUACACUCACUGGAAGCAAACAGUAUUCUAUGUUGACGAUGACUCGCUGACUGUCAAGAAGGGAGAAGAAAUAUAUGGUACUUUUGGCAUGACCCCUAACAAGAAAAAUGACAGGGACUUGGAUUUCACCCUGGACUUGGACUUCAAGGGAGAGCUGUCUGAGUUAACCGGCACAUAUCAUUACAAGAUGCGCUAAAGAAGAUAGCCGCGAGACCAGAAUGGACAGAGUGACUGUCAGCUAGUGACAGGACAACAGACUGUGAUGUGGCAUCAGUUAUUGACUUGGAGCGGGGGUGUAGGCAGACACUGGGGGUGGGGAUUCCACAUGCUGUAUGGUGCUGUUCUGUACAGCUGGUGUGAACUGCGUCUCUGCGACUUGGUUGUCUGUGCAGGCGGUCCUAAUUGCUGGAGGGGCUCGCCAGUCGGUCAACACAGUUACAAGUCAUGCUGCCUAUUUUAGCCCAAACGAAAUAUAAACACACUUACAUUUAUUGCAUUUACAGCCUGAGAAACAUGAACAUUUGUCUCUUCCUCCCCUCCU